CGCUGUGACUUACUGUGACAGGACUCCAUCUGCAUUUAGUGUGUGUUUGAGUGUGCGUGUCUUGAGUUGUUGUCUGAGUGCUUGCGUGCUGCGCCAUCCUGCAGUGUGCAAUGUCUUCGGAGCUGCUUGUGGAUUUGGGCGAGGACCAGACGACAGCACAGCUGGGCCACCUGAAGCUGACCACAUUAGAGGACCAGCAGUGGCCGCCGGAUGAGUCAACUCUCAGAAAGUCCGAGACCGAUAUCUCUCAGCGGUUUGAUGCCAGUUCUCCCCACCUGCCCUGGGAGCAUCCCUUCUAUGACAUCGCCCGGCAUCAAAUCAUCGAAGUCGCCGGUGACGACAACUUUGGCAGAAAAGUUAUUGUGUUUAACGCCUGCCGGAUGCCCCCCCAGCACCAACUGGACCAUCACAAGCUGCUGAUGUAUCUGAAAGGAACCUUGGACCAGUAUGUUGAAAGUGACUACACCCUGAUCUACUUCCAUCACGGGCUGACCAACGAGAACAAGCCAUCACUCAGCUGGCUGCGGGAUGCUUACAGGGAGUUUGACAGGAAGUAUAAGAAGAAUAUCAAAGCCUUGUAUAUUGUCCAUCCCACCAUGUUCAUCAAGACCCUGCUGAUCCUGUUCAAACCCAUCAUCAGUUUUAAGUUUGGGAGGAAACUCAACUACGUGAGCUAUCUGAGUGAGCUGGAGAACGUGGUCAAGUGUGAGCAGCUCAUCAUUCCAGCCCGUGUCAAAGAAUACGACAACAAGUUGAGAGCCUCUCUGAAGCCAACCUCCCAGCCUCCUAUGUCCCCUCUUCGGAGUCCACCUCUCCCCAACCAGGUCUUUGCAGUUCCCCUUGAAUUGUUAAGAAAGAGGAGUCCAGAUGGAGAUGCUGUUCCUGUAGUAAUGAGAGACACUAUAAGUUUCCUGUCAGAGCAAGGUCUGGAGAUUGAAGGAAUCUUCCGACGUUCUGCCAAUGUGACUUUGGUGAAGGAGGUCCAGCUCAGAUAUAACUCAGGAGAAGCAGUGAACUUCCGAGACAUGGAAGAUGUCCACUUGGCGGCAGUCAUCUUGAAGACGUUCCUUAGAGAACUGCCCGAGCCACUGCUGACCUACCAGCUCUACAAUGACAUUGUCAAUUUUGCCUCUGUGUCCAGUGACAGUCAGGUGACCGUCAUGAAGACACUGGUGGAGUCACUGCCAGAGGAGAACUACGCCACACUCAGAUACCUAAUCACAUUUCUGGCCCAGGUAACAGCGAACAGUCACGUCAAUAAGAUGACCAACAGCAACCUGGCUGUGGUGUUUGGGCCAAACCUGCUCUGGGGGCGGGACAACGCCAUGUCACUCAGCGCCAUCGGCCCAAUAAACAACUUCACCCAAUGCCUGUUGGACCAGCAGCACUUGGUCUUUGCCUAAAUACGGUCUCAUUGUUGUCUGACUCGCCACUGGAGGCUACUCAACAUUGAUUGUGAGUGAGCCAUCGAACAGCACUUAGACCAACACAGCCUUGUUCUAAAAUGCACAUUACAAAUAUAAAAAAAAAAAAAAACAUCUCCUGGACAAUUUGAAUUCUGUCUUUUGUCACUCGCCAUUCUGAUUGGGCCCUUAGCAGUGUGGUUAGUGCUCAACCUUAAGUUGGAAGCUGUAUACUAAGACAAUGAGAGAACAACCUUGCAAAUGUAAAAUUUAAUAACACAAGUCAACAACUCAUUUGCAACUAAAUAGAUUUCCUUGAAAAAGACAUUUCAGCUAUAACUGCAUGUGUACAAUUAUUGCCAAGUGGAAUUGAAUGGGAAAUUUUUUUUUUACUUUUCAACACGUUGCUGUUGUUGGUCUCUGUUGUUACUGUCAUGCAAAAAAAAAAAAAAAAAAAAAAGGAAAAGAAAUCCCCAUGAAAAAAUAAGUAGUUUGUGUGAAAAGCCUCAGGUUCAUUUUAAGUAAUGGUACCAAAUGUUGUGGACAAUCUUGCUGUAUUUAAAAUUAAAAAAAAAAAAGGAAGAAAGAAGAUUAGUUGUACUCUUGUAUUAAUUCCUAAAGUCUGUGCUUUGGGAUUUGUCGCCCCUGUCAUGCAUGUGUCUGCUCUUGCUCUCUGAACCUUGUGAUUCAAUUGGAUUCUGUGGUUGGAGUGUGGGUUCUGUUUGUACGUGUCCUGGCCUUUUGUUUCUUUGAGUGUGUGCCAUGAAGUCCAAAUGUGACGGUGUCCUUAAUGACCUGCUUCUUCUAUUCUGUCAGGAAUCAAAAGCCUGAAAAAAUAAAAACAGGGGAAGCUGCAGUUAAGUUUGGAAAUCGUCUGCCCUUGUAUACAGUCUUAAAGGGGGGAAUCUCUUGUCAAAAUCUGUCCCUUGUAGCCUUCCAUAGUAUAGUAAAUUACUUGAAACACUAUGAUAAACCCUCAAGUUAGUUUCCUAAAAUAUUGUUAAAUGCUAACAUGAACCAUAUACUGUAUUUCUUCUGUAAACCCCACUGAAUUUAUUGUUUUACUUUACCAAAGGGGUAAUGUUAAGUGUAAUUGUUGCAAUGCUAUAUACUGUAUCAUUUGUAAGAGUGUGGGACUGUAUGCACUACACUAUAUACAGUGCGUUGUGUGUGUCUUAAUGAAUUUAAAAACAAAAUAUGCCUGGGGCUGACAUUAUAUAAACAUUUAGCUAACAGGGUUCCUGUGAGUGGAGGGUUGAACCUCAAACAAGUGCCAUUGAAGUUUCACACUUGCUGACCAAUCGCAUCUGUGUAUGAUCUAGUGAUCGUUGUACUGUAAUGAGUUGUCCUGGUGUUUUCUCUCUGGGGGAAAAGAAAUAUCUGGUUUCCAGGCAGAUUUAUUCAAGAUUCUAAAAUUUUAUUUUUCAUCCUUUUGAUAUGUAGUCCUAGAUGUGUAUGAUGAAAAAAUAAUGUAAUUUUGUGGCAGAAUAUUAAAGAAACCUGAUGAAAUAUGA